GUGAACAAUAGCAACAACGUAACUUCUGGAUCCACCACUGACAUCAUUGAUACUUUGUUAACAUGAAGAUUGAUCUUCACACUCACAUUUUACCCGAAACAUGGCCGAAUCUAAAAGAGCGUUACGGCUACAGUGGCUUUGUCCAGCUGCACCACACGUGUGCAGGCCAGGCCGAGAUGCUCAAAGAUGGUCAGUUGUUUCGGGUGAUCAAUGGAAAUUGCUGGUCUGUGGAGGAUCGCAUUAAAGACAUGGAUGCUACAGGUGUCACAGUGCAAGCAUUGUCUACAGUGCCUGUCAUGUUCAGCUACUGGGCUCAACCUAAAGAUACGCUAGACUUGUGUGAAAUCUUGAACAACAACCUUGCAGACACAGUGAAGAAAUAUCCACAAAGAUUCGUCGGACUGGGGACUCUUCCCAUGCAGGCCCCCGACUUAGCUGUGCAGGAGCUCAAACGAUGUCGCUUGGAACUAGGUUUUCCAGGAGUUCAGAUUGGGUCACACAUAAAUGAUUGGAAUCUUGAUGCACCAGAACUACGUCCCAUUUUUGCUGCAGCAGAGGAACAUAACUGUUCUAUUUUUGUCCACCCCUGGGACAUGGAACAAAGUGGUCGCAUGAAGAAAUACUGGUUGCCUUGGCUUAUAGGCAUGCCGACAGAGACGACCACUGCUAUUUGCAGCAUGUUGUUUGGAGGAGUGCUCGAACGCUUUCCAAAACUCAAAGUUUGCUUUGCUCAUGGAGGUGGAACAUUUCCUUACACCGUGGGCAGAAUUGAACAUGGCUACAACGUUAGGCCGGACCUCUGUGCCACGGACUGUGGGGUCAGUCCGCGGGAGUACCUCGGCCAUUUCUACACAGACAGUCUGGUGCACGAUGCGAGGUCACUCAAACUGCUAGUCGAUGUUAUUGGAAAGGACAAGGUGAUACUAGGGAGCGACUACCCUUUUCCCCUUGGAGAACACCACCCAGGGAAACUUGGGAUGGAGAAGGUCAAUGUAGCACGAAUCGAUCAACUUUUGAGUGGCAAUGCACUGGACUUUCUUGGACUGCACAAGGAUACGUUUGAGAAGUAAUUCAACAGGAGACCUAACAGCCUUGUUUGUUAUAUCCAUCACAUUCCAUCUUGUACAUGCAUCGUGUUAUUCAUGUAACAGUAUAAUCUUCAUUUUGUAAAAUGGGGAGCAUAGGCAUACGGGGUCCCGUUUUUUUAGGGGGCAGGCUGGCAUUUGCCCGAAUUAAAACGAAAAUGCCCGAAUCUCAAUAACAACAUUUAUUCAUAUCAAAUGCCAAAUGAAUCACUAUGCAUUUUUACGUGGACUACAACUAAUUUUGAGGGUAGAAUGAUGGAAAUGUAUGGUAAAAAGAUCUCAGGUUAGCACUUUUUGCCCGAAUUUGAGGAUUUGCUCCAGCACUAGGGGGUAGUUGCCCCCCUGUCUCGUAUGCAUAUGAUGGGGAGCAAUCUCUGCUUUUAACAUUUUAAUCUGAAAGCAAAUGGUAGAAAUUUAGAGGCAGUUCUCGACUAAUUGUACUGAUAUUUAAACUUUACUCUCAUUUUAUGUGAAUUUAAACUAUCUUUUGUUUUAACAAUAUAUAAUUUAAUUUUAAUCAUCCUAAUGCCAACAGAAAUUUAGAGGUAGUUCUUGACUGAUUGUCCUGAUAUUUAAACUCAGGACUUCUAGAAUAUAGUAGCCCCACUAUCAUGGCUAGUGUUAUUCAAUGUUGUGCUAGUAAAUAACUACUAAUGCUAUGCCCAAUGGCUAGUGAAAAAAAAGGUGAUCAACUGCUUCAUUUAAGACUAUUUUGUAAAUAUGAAUAUCCUGCCCACAAACCAAAGGGGUUUUAAGUUCUCUAUCUCCUGUUUAGGUGAUAUAUCCGAUUAUUACCAUUAGUAAAAUUGUAUUUACUUAAAGUAGGGCUAGUGAAUUUUUAAUCGUGGCUAGUAAAAAUUUUUAAUCACUGAUCCCAUGGCAAGUGAAUUUUUUUAUAAAAAGAAGUUUAACUUUACUCUCAUUUUAUGUGAAUUUGAACUAUCUUUUAACACAAUAAUAAUUUAAUUUUGGUCAUCGUGUCAAUAUAGUUAGCACUAAUUUCUUAAUUUGAAAAGUUGAUUGUCAGAAAGCAUAUUGUGUGCUUUGAGUGACAAUAGCUCCUUGUCAGUUUCAAGCUUGGAUUUAUAUAUACUCACAGAAAAAACUUCCUGUCACGUGUGCACACAAAAAAUGGUCACAAAACAACUUCAAACUUUGUAAAUGGUUGCAAUUUUACAAAGAUGACGACUUAACAGAUUGUACAAAUAAUCUCAUACAGUUGACAAAUGACCAGAAAUAAUUUCUUAAAAACAUUUAAUUUUUUCUUCAUAACCGUUAAAACAUAUAUACUGUAUGCAAUAUUUUGAAAAUAACUAAUGAGCUAUGAGGAAUUAUGAAUUAUCUUUAACGAGUGAAUG